AUGGAACAGCUGUGUGAGGAAGAUCAAGAAGAGCCAGAGUCACAGAAGAGUGGAGAAGAAAUGGAACCAGGGAAUGAUGAAGGUGGUGAAGACUCAGAGCUGAUCUUUGUUGGUGUAGAGCGUGUGAAUGAAGAUGCGGAGCUGAUCUUUGUCGGUGUCACCUCCCAUUCAAAGCCAAUUGUCUCGACCAUUCUGAACCGAGCCACCCCAGGCUCCUAUUCAAGGAGGAGAAAGUACGGUCAGCUCAGACGGGAUCCAGCUCGCCGUGUCUUGCAUCCUCCAGUUCGUAGGACCCCUCCAUCAGAGGCUGUGGCGGUCUCCCCCGUUUCUCCAGCUGAAUCGAGAUCAACAGAUAGUCCUAUCAUUAUUGAGCCUUCAUAUGAUCCCGUUUGUCAGGGUAACUCCCCACAGCCCAAGCUGAAUAGCUCUGCUGAGCUGUGUGCUCCUUCGAUCCGGUUCACAAGCUCACUGCAGCACCCAGGAGGAUUAGCACUUUCGGUAGGAGGUGUGAAUGAAGGGUCUAGUGGGUCAAAGCGACAUUCUGCUUUGGAAGUAAACGGCGUACGUUCUAAGAGGGCUAAACUUGGCCAUGGCGUCCCAGGGGAGCAUUCUUCAGCUCUGUCCCCCUCAGGUCACUCUCUGACAAAGAGCACUGAGCACAGUGCACCCUCUAAACGUGCUGAUACCUCAGUGAGCCGAGUUCAGAAUGGAGUACCUUUUCCUAAAGCGUCUCCAAAGGACAGUGCCAACUGUAAGCCUGUAAAUCCCAACAAGGAACAUGAGGGGCCAGUGGACACAGCCUCUUCAAGACCAGCAAGUCAACACAAGACCACUGACUCCCAGGAAGGAACUCCGGUUGUGUUACUUCAUGACUUCUACUAUGGACACCAUGAUGGACAUGGGCAGCCUGAACAGAAGACUCACACGACCUUUAAAUGCUUCAGCUGCAUGAAGGUCCUAAAGAACGUCAGGUUCAUGAACCACAUGAAGCACCAUUUGGAACUCGAGAGGCAGAGGGGGGACAGCUGGGACAGCCACACCAUCUGCCAGCACUGCCAUCGGCAGUUCCCCACUCCCUUCCAGCUGCAGCGCCACAUCGAGCGUGUGCACAUCCCCCAGGAGCCGUCUGCUGUGUGUAAGAUCUGUGAGCUGGCAUUUGACACGGACCAGUCUCUCUUACAACACAUGAAGGACACUCACAAGCCUGGAGAAAUGCCCUAUGUGUGCCAGGUUUGUAAUUACCGGUCUUCGGCCUUCAUUGAUAUGGACACCCACUUCAGAACCUGCCAUGAGAACACAAAAAGCUUGCUCUGUCCGUUCUGCCUCAAGGUUUUCAAAACGGCAAGCCCGUACAUGUGCCAUUAUCGGGGGCACAGGGAAAAGAGUACCCACCAGUGUUCCAAAUGCCGCCUCCAGUUUUUGACUUUCAAAGAGAAGAUGGAGCACAAGACCCAGUAUCACCAGAUGUUUAAGAAGCCUGAGCAACUGGAAGGGCUGCCUUCUGAAAGCAGAGUGGUUAUUCAGGUGUCCCCGGGGCCUGGUCAGCCUGGAGUGUCCAUUACUGUGAGCACGUUGGACUCUGAGCCAUCACUCCCAGGCCAAAAAGCUCCCCAAAACGCCACUAAGUCUAGUCUUGGUAAAGCUAAACCUAAAGCACCUCAGUCAAAGUCAAAAGCACCCGUGAAAACAAAGAAUGCAAGCCACGUGUUUGUCAAUAGCGCCCAAUGA